ACUUCCCAACGUUUGUUGUGAGCGCAUAUGUACGUGCGUCGCCAAGUCCGAGCAGGUAGGUAACCACCGCGACGACAAAUAAGUCUCGGUAAACAUUUUGUCGACAACUUCUCAGAGUUUUUGAUGUUUAUUUACAUCGAAAGGCGGAAGAAAGAAAAAAAUAUCCCGCUUUCCUCACGCUGUCUAAGCGAGGAUCACGCGAUUGGUGGAGGAGAAGGCCGGGGGAUGGGGUAAGCAGAAGGAGGGGGGAUACUGUGCAUGCGCCUUCUUGGCUCGUCGGCGUGUACGCGCGCUGGGUCGAUCGAUGCAAGAGGGCGAGAAAGAUCUUUUGGCGUGGCUUCCUCCGGCCUCCAUUAUUUGCCACUUUGCCUCGACGGAGCAACAGUUUAGGAGUGUUUGUGUCCUCCCUCCGACACCACACAUUGGUUUACACGGCCGCCACCGAGGCCACGCACGAGGCGGCCCUGCCGGAGCGGCGAGGUGAGGCGUUUGAGGAAACUGCAACUUUUCCAAGUUGGAUGAAGUGAGCCAUCAGUAAUGCCCGCGACACAGCCUCAACCCACAACAAUGGAGGACAAGGAUGUUGAGGAGGGACCCACGGCUAGCGUCCCCACUUCAGAUCCCGUCACCGCCGUCCCUUCCUCCACGCCUCCUUCUCCCACCAGCGGCAUCUCUAUGGCGAGUAAUGGCGACGGUGUGACAGCCCUCCACUCCCCCGCUGAGGCCAGUCCAGCAAAGCCCGCCGUGACGCUACCCACCAUUUCUGGGACGAGCCCAGCCGGUUCGCACAUUGUGUCAGCAUCGGACUCUCCGGCAUAUGCUGCGAGCAUCAUGAAAUCGGCGGUAGUGGAUUUUGGGAACCCGAACGCGGGCAAUGAGUACCCUAACACGCUGACGUGCAAAGGCGUGACCGUGACGCUGGAGAACGGCCGCGUGUGGAAGCAGUUCCACAACUGCGGCACGGAGAUGAUCCUCACCAAGCCGGGCCGCCGCAUGUUCCCGUACUGCCGCUAUCGCCUGACCGGACUGGACCCGGAGCGGCACUACAGCCUAAUGCUCUCCAUUGUUCCGUCGGAUAAGUACAAGUAUCGAUGGAACUCGCCCAAGUGGGAGGUGGUGGGGCCGGCAGAGUAUCAGACCCAGGUUCCGGUACGGGGCUUUUCCCACCACUACUCACCGUGCCGCGGCUCAGACCUGAUGGGCUGCAUGCUGUCCUUCUACAAACUGAAAGUGACCAACAACCCCAAAGACCUGGAGGGCCACAUUGUCCUCACCUCAAUGCAUCGCUACAUCCCCCAACUCCACGUCAUCCCCCUGCUCAAUGGUGACAUCACACCACCACUGGUCAUGGGACCGGAAAGCUUGACGUUCACCUUCCCGCAGACAGAAUUCAUGGCGGUGACCACCUAUCAGAAUUUUCUCGUCACACAGCUGAAAAUUACCCACAAUCCUUUCGCCAAGGGCUUCAGGGAGGACCGGGACGAACCCUGCUUGCGCAGCAUCUCAAUGGAGAUGCUCCGGGGUAACAUUGGACCACAUGAGGAGCAACCAGGAAGCAAACCUCUGGACGAAAGCCCUAACUCGAUUUACGACCACACUGAGCAAAAUGGUGACAUCGAUAACGACGAGUUGCCCAGCAAGCGGCCGCUCAUCAAAACCCCAAAAGUAUUUGUGGCGUCGGUCCCGAGAACCUUUGGUAGGUGCCACAGCAAAAGGAACGGCCGCUGGAGCAGAUUGAAGGAAAGAUUGAAUCUGGCGGCGUCGUUGUCUGCGGCAGCGAGUGUCUCUGCUGAGUCUGAAUUGGAUGAAGUUGAGGGCCUCACCUUUGUUUCAUUCGCCACCAGGGAAGCUCUGGAGAGUCACAUCCGAGCCGAGCCAUCCUAUAAGUCUACGCCGGUCUCGCCCGACUCCUGCUUGAUGACUCCCGCGCAACCAAUGGAAACGGAAGAAGCGAUUGCAGAGAUGACUGAGGAGAAGAUUGUUCGCCUGGAGGCCAUCUUACUAGAGGACCUCAAAGUGGCCAAGUACAGACAGGUGAUCCACCCUGUCCUGCAGGAAGUGGGCUUGAAGUUGAGCUCUCUGGAUCCCAGCAUGCCCAUUGACCUGCUCUACUUGGGGGUUCGCCUGCCACUGCCACCCCUCAAGCUCCCAGCGCAGAAUCAUGACAGUGAGGGAUUGGCUUUCAUCUCCCGAACAGGAAAAACAAGUGACAUGACCAAAAUAAAGGGUUGGAAAAACAAGUUUGUUCAUAGCAAGCAGCCAUGCGAUGGCUCCCAGAAAAACAUGUCGGCCUUCUGCAGCAACAUGCUGGACGCGUACCUGGAGAGGGAGGCCCAACAGAUCAGCGAGCGCGCCACCGCCUUCUCCGCCGGCCCUGAGGCCCCCGUGGCCUACCGGCUGCCAUCCAAGAGCGCCAGCUACGUAAAGACGCUGGACAGUGCCCUCAAGCACCGCAAGACCACCAUUGCUGACAUCAACAACAGGCCCUGCCCGCUCUCCUUUAAGCCGCUGCUCUAUGCUGCAUUGACAUCGCCGCCUCCACACCUGGCGACCACGGCCCCUUCCAGUAGUGCUUCUCGUCCACACAGACCGACGCAGACAUCUCAGCUGAUAUCAUCAGUCGCCCAGCAGAAACUGCUUGAGAUGGAAGACGACAUCGUCAGCCAGGGUUGCUCACGAACUCAACUGACCUCCGAAAGGGUCUCAACCUCACUAGCUGUGAUGCUAACCAAAGAGAAGCUGCAACAGCAGACUGAGAAAUCCCCCCCGCAUUCAGCCAGGAAGGCCGCAAGAACGAAAUGCGGACAAGAGUUCUGCCGACUAGGCUGUGUGUGCUUCAGCCUUCUUUAUCCUGUCGUGGGGCCGCUCCACUGCUCCCAGCCCGCCUGCAUGUUUGGCUGUACGUGCUCCAAGCAGACGACACAGGAUGGUCUGUUGCAAGAUGAAGCGACCGCUGCAGGCACCGCUCUGGUGUAUAAGCAGUGUUCUACCGCGAAGACCAAAAAAUUGUGGAAUCGCAAUUGUUUAGACACAGAUCAAGAUCCCCUCUUUCAACCCAAAAGCCAAUGUGUGCCCCCUGCAAAGCCUCUCGAGUCGUAUAAGGCGCCUCUCGAACCGUAUAAGGCACCUCCCAGCCAACAGAUUCAAGAAGAGGAGAAGGAUCCUGUGUACAAGUACUUGGAAAGCUUCCUGACGUGCGCGCGGGUUCGCGCCUUCAACAGCAAGCCACCGUCUCAAAACAAACUUGAUUACAUACCAUCCCUGGCCACCAACUCCAUCAAGCGGAGUCGGCCCACCAGUGAGCCCAAAGAGCAAGAAAACUUGGUAUCCAAAGAGAGGAUGGCUAAAAAACAAAUUGAGAUCCAAUCAGUAUGUAACUGGGAGGAAGACCGAGAAAUGAUCUUGGAGUCUUUGUGCAGGCGCCUUCAUCAGGAUAAACUGUCUGAGCCCUUCAGCAUCGGACCGUAUCUCAUCCAUCCUGUCACCAAGAUCUUUAUCCAAAAGCCCAGUGGGUCCCACCUAACCUAUAGAGUACGUGUUAGUCGAUCGUCAAAAGUUCGCGAUGGAAUCGAGGAGCAUAGCUACAACAAGACGGGAGAAGACCCCGAGCAGUCCGUGCAGCACUCAGAAGUCAAGCCCUUCCUGGCUGGCGUGUUGCCCGCUGGACUGAUGGUGGCCAGAACCAAACCAGUUGGCCAACAAGCCUCCGAACUCAUACAGGUGAAUGGCAAAAGCUACAAUUAUGUCAACCUGUUGCUAGGCAGCAUGGGUGCACUCCACCCAGCCAAUCGACUAGCAGCAUACGCCACGGGUAGGCUGCAGCUGCGUGCAGACCUUACUCGCAGGGUGGACCAGACCGCCACUGCCACGAGCGUGCACAAAGUUAACGAAAAGCCUGCCAAUCAAAACUUAGAGACUGCAAAACCUGCUUGUCAAAACUCGAUGGCUACUGGCAGACUGCUACCGUUGGUCAUGUCGGCAAAGAGCAUCAAUGAUGUCCAGACCCAUCCUCGGCUUUUUCAACUGUUAAAGCAACCGUGUGUGAAAAAAGAACCCGAAAGUCCACCAUCGAGGCAGUUGGCCCCCCUCGCCGCCAUCAACCCUUUCCAGCGGACACCCCGCUCGCCAGUCUCACUCACUGUGUCGCCCUCGCUGAAGACGCCCAGCUUUUUGAGCCAGAGCGGCACCUACACCUUCAGAAUCUGCCCACCAUCAUAUUCGGGCGAGAAGGACAAAAAUCUUUCCAGCGUCAAUUUACCAGGGGGUUUUAGCCUCAUUCGUUUACCAAAGCCAGCAGGUCCAAACGAACCCAAAAGUCAAGCUGCUCAGGAGGGGACGUCUAAUGGCUCUGUAAUGGCGGCGGCCAUUAAUGAAACCCAGGCGAUAAAAGAAGAGGAGCACCUGAGUUCUUCGUCAGAUUGCGAAUCCAGUAUGACUGAUAGCAGUGACGUGGACUCCAUCAUAGACAUUGAAAGCAUUGAGGACUCCAAACAGCUAAUGGCCCAAUACAAUCCACCUGUACUGUGCACGGACAACCCCAAUGAGCCCAGAACAAAGAAGCGCAGGAACCACUCCGUCAUCGAAAAGCAACGCCGCAUAGAGCACCGUGCGCUUUUUGACGAGCUGCAGAAGGUCCUCGGCCAAGAUGGAGGUUCCAGACUGCACCUUCUCUCACUGGCUUUGAGAGAAAUCCAAAUGCUGAAGUUGUUCUCUGACGGCCUACUGGAGAGGAAGAAGAAGCUGGCCCAGAUCCAGGCGCUUCACGUGAAGAAAUUGUCUUCCUUGUCUGGUAAGCCUGAAGACCUGAUCAAACGCAAUUUGAGCAUGGUUUUCAGUAGCUUGAAGGACAAAGGCAGCUCCAAAACAAAGCCUUUCUUCAUGCGUCUGUACCAAUCAAAAGAGGAGCCUGCCAAAGACGCCGCCACCACCAGUCCGCCUUCCCCAGUCUUAGCCCCGCCACCGACACCAGAGCCUCAGCUCCUUCCACCAACGCCGCCACCUGUAGACCCAACACACCAGCUUGAAGCACCGUCACUUCCAUCUCCCGCUCCCCAAAAGCCUGUCCAACACAACAAAACGCCUCCCGCUCAACCCAACAAAUGCAACCAGACUCCUCCACCCGCACAACAAUUUGCCAUCCCUCUAAUUCGCUCCAAGACAGGCAGACUCAUCCUGCCUUCGUCCAUGAAACCUGCAGCUCAAGGCAUCUACACGCUCAUGCUCAUGAACCCCAAACAGGACGCAGACGUUACGUCUACCAACUCUUCUAACACUGACUUAACCGACUCCCUGGACCGAGCAUCACCUACGGACGCGGACCAGGACAGUCCCGUUCAAAAACUGACAGUGUAUUCCAGGGAACAGAUGACACCACUCUCCAAUUCGAGUCCAUUACCAACGCGGCGGCCUAGAGGCAGACCUCGAAAAACCCAAAGGAUCCUGAAAAGUAAAGCAAAACCAGAGAAGGACAUAAUGUUCAUCCCGAGCAGCCGUAAGAAACAGCCGGCUCGACGCAGGAGAGGGCGGCCUCGCAAGAGCGAACCCGUAGCAACCUUGGGGGAUGUUGUUGGUCAUAGGGCAGCGACCUCUGAGUAUGCUGUUGGUUGUGGGGCAUCGCGGCCGCGCACGCGAGGCUCCUUGGGUAAGGACUUCCCCAGUGCCAAGCGGCAGUCUUGGAUAGACAUAGCGAUGGAGCUGGACCCCGAUUCCGACUCUGACUAAUAAGAACAUUUGACUAGGACCUCAGGCCGCCUUGCUGUGGAACCACACCUGAUGUGCCCGUGUUUUGUCUUUUUUUUGUGUGUCAGGGUUGCAAAAGGCAGGGACAUUUUCAGUACAUUUCAAAAGAUAGGGAUUUUUAAAAAUAAUACUCUAAAUUGGAAAACAAUUUGGGUAUUUUCAAACAAUCAAAUUUAAACGUAAAUAUCAACUUGUUUUGUCAUCAGCAGACAUCAAUGCAAAAUGGAGUCAAUCUACUUGCCCACACGUGAGGGCAAAACUGCUCAAUUUGGUUUCUUCCCAUCUUAAGUGAGCAGUGAUGUACUGUACUGUGUGUGAAACUACUCAAAUAUUUUUAGCUCGCAGAAAAAGAAAAAAAAAUCGACCGCAUAAUUCAUUACUCCAACAUUUUUUAAGUAUUUCUAUAAAAUUUGUUUGCUUGAAUGAUGCCAAAAUGGAAAAUUAUCAAGAGCCAACCAUUAAUUUGUCUCCCCACCUCCCUCCCCACAUAUGGUAUGUUUCUAACUUGAAAAUUUUUCCCCCUGGUUUGCGGUUAUAUAUGAGGACCUUUGUGAAUACUCAAUGUUGCUAACUGGUCUCAGUUUUUUUGGGUAUGUAGACACCGGAGAGCAUUAAUUGACCUGCUGAAUGUAGAUUCAUUUGUCAUGACUUCCACCACCGCUUGUAAUUUUUUUGUGUGUCUUUGUUCUUGAAUCAAAAGGCUAUGGAAAUCACUGCAUUUUAACACACACUAUUAUAAGAAGGUUUUUAAGCCUUUUUUUUUGUGUUCUGUUGGCCUGUGGAAAUCAUUUUUUUUUCUCAAGAGCACUUGAUGGUAAAGGGUUUCAAUUAGCUGACUGCAAACUGUUAUCUACCAUGUAUUGUAAGUAUUAAAAGGACUAAUGUGAAUGAA